AUGAGAGAAAUUAUUGCCUUGCACAUAGGUCAGGCCGGUAUACAAGUUGGUAACGCAUGCUGGGAACUAUUUUGCCUUGAGCAUGGAAUCAACCCUGAUGGAACCGUCGAGAAAAAUACUGAGUCAUCUGAUGGUCAAACCGAUUCUGCCUUUCACACCUUCUUCUCAGAGUCCUCAGGGGGGAGAUAUGUCCCAAGGAGCAUCUUUGUAGACCUUGAACCCACUGUAGUCGAUGAAGUAAGAACUGGAACCUACAGUUCAUUGUUCCAUCCAGAACAAUUAAUUUCUGGCAAGGAAGAUGCUGCAAAUAAUUUCGCCCGUGGCCAUUAUACAAUCGGUCGCGAACUGUUUGGCGGAUGCAUGGACAGGAUCAGGAAAUUGACAGAUGCUUGUGACAGUUUACAAGGAUUCUUACUUUUUGGAGCUGUUGGUGGUGGUACUGGCUCCGGUCUUGGAAGUUUGUUGUUGGAGAAUAUUGGUGCUGAGUUUGAACGCAAAACAAAGUUGAACUUUUGCAUCUGGCCCUCACCACAAGUAUCCACAGCAGUCGUAGAACCCUACAAUUCCGUUUUAACAACACAUAAACUGUUGGAGUUUACGGACGUCGCCGUUGUACUUGACAAUGAAGCCAUUUAUAAGCUUUGCAAACGUAAUUUGGACAUUGGUAGACCGGAUUAUAGGGACCUGAAUAGAAUCAUUGCCCAAGUCAUAUCAUCCUUAACAACUUCGUUGCGCUUCGAUGGUGCAUUGAAUGUAGAUAUGAACGAGUUCCAGACAAACCUUGUCCCAUAUCCAAGAAUCCACUUCAUGUUGUCAUCUUAUGCCCCAAUUGUGAGUGCGAGGAAGGCAAAACAUGAGUAUAUGUCGGUCAGCGAAAUCACCUUUUCCGCUUUCGAUGUUAAUUCAAUGAUGGCUGAAUGCGAUCCAUACAAUGGAAAGUAUAUGGCUUGUUGUCUCAUGUACAGAGGUGAUGUUGUCCCUAAAGAUGUCAACAGUGCUAUUGCCGCAGUCAAAAAGAAGAAGUCCGUACAAUUCGUCGAUUGGUCCCCAACUGGCUUCAAAUUCGGAAUAAAUUACCAAGCGCCAGCAUCACUCCCGGACCAGGACAUGGCCAACGUAUCACGCGCUGUUUGCAUGAUUAGCAAUUCUACAUCGAUCGCCGAUGUAUUCUUUAGGAUGGACAAGAAAUUUGAUUUAAUGUAUGCUAAAAGGGCGUUUACCCAUUGGUAUGUUGGAGAGGGCAUGGACGAGUCGGAAUUUGAAGAGGCUAGAGAGGAUGUAGCUGCCUUAGAGAAGGAUUAUGAGAGCGCUGAAGCGGAUUAG